GAAAUAUAAAAACGUUGGAACCCGUAAGAAAAAAAAAAUCUCGCCACACGCAGUUUUACUACAGACAAUUGGUGUUCGCAAAGACGAUCCGCGCCUUUAAAUCUAUAACAUGGAGCAUUCAAGCAUCGUUGAAUACUACAAGGGUCGUUCGGUAUUUGUGACGGGUGCAACCGGUUUCAUGGGCAAGGUGUUGGUGGAGAAGCUAUUGCGCUCAUGCCCCGGUAUUGAGCAUCUCUAUCUGCUGAUGAGGCCGUUUAAAGACCAAAGUGUUCUAAGCCGUCUUCAGGGACUAAUCAGCAAUCAGAUAUUCGACAAUGUGAGGCAACAGCAACCAGAAGCGAUGGCCAAAAUCACGGCCGUAACGGGCGAUGUCACUUCACCGGGAUUCGGACUCUCCCCGUCCGAUUUGCAGUUGUUGAUUGAAAAUGUUUCAGUUGUUUUUCACUCGGCAGCCACUAUCAAAUUCAAUGAAGAGCUCAAAGCGGCCAUGGAGAUGAACGUCAAGGGACCGAUGCAUUUACUCGAAGUUUGUCGCCAGAUGAAACGUCUCGAGGCUGUUGUCCACGUAUCGACUGCCUUUAACAAUCUCGACCGGGACGAAAUAAAGGAAGAAAUUUACGUGAAUCCGAAAGUUGAUCCACUCAAACUGAUUGAACUGCUCGACAGCCUCGAUGACGACGCAGUGAAGAAUAUUGAAGCCCAACUUAUUGGGAAUUGUCCAAACACUUAUACCUACACCAAAGCCUUGGCCGAGCAAUUGCUCGAAGAGAAAUGCGGCAACAUUCCUCUAGUGAUUGUCCGGCCAUCUAUUGUUACUGGAGCACUGAGCGAACCUGUACCCGGAUGGGUUGACAACAUGAACGGAACGACAGGAACGAUCGCUGCGGUGGGGAAAGGCUUCUUUCGAAUCAUAAAAACCAACGAGGAUCUAGUUAGCGAUAUAAUACCCGUCGACUAUCCAAUUAAUUUGAUGAUCGCAGUGGCUUGGUACAAAGCCACUCGAAGACAGUCUGGCGUUCAAGUUUACAGCUGCACAACCAGCCAUCAAAAUCCACUUACUUGGGGUCUUCUCAAACGUUUAACAAUGGAGUCUUGGUUAAAAUACCCUACAAAAGACAUGAUGUGGUAUCCCAGCUGCCAUAUGACUGUCGGCAAGGUUUCACUAAAAGUUAACCAAGUUUUGUUUCAUGACCUGCCAGCCCGCUUGAUGGAUUUGUUCAACUCGGUGACGGGCAAACGAACUAAAUGGGUUCGUCUGUACGCAAAGGCAUCGCAAGCUUUUUUCCCGUUUGAAUUCUUCACGACGCAUCAGUGGCGAUUUCUCAGCAACAACUACAUCCCCUUGAUGGAAGAAAUGUCCGAACAGGAUCGGAAAAUAUUUUACUUUGAUGUUCGCGAAAUCGAAUGGAAAAAGUAUUUCGACGUUUACGUUUUGGGCACUCGGAGGUUUAUUCUCAAAGACGAUAUUUCCACUCUGUCCAUCGCUAGAAGAAACCUUGGCAGACUGCGCAUGGCACAGCUGUUUGUUCGUUCUCUUUUGUUCAGCUUCAUUCUUCUCGCUUUAAAGAAAAUUUUCCCUUAUUUAUUGGUAACUGAAUCCUUGAAACGGAAAAUCGCUUACGUCAUUCUUAGGCAAUAAGGCGCGAUGGAAUUGUUUCCUUAUACCCAAUCAAUGUUAGUGCAGAAUUCGAAUUUUAAUUGACCUUUAAAAGUGAAAUGAAUAAACCGUAGAGACUUUUAA